CACAUGGACAAACCGGUAUUCGAUAUCAAAACAUAUUUUGACUGACUCGCACAGUUGUUUCCCGCAUCAUGUUUCACUCGCUGUGGGUGUGAGCACGAGUCGACCAAUAGCGCCCGGAUCCGGGCCACUGCCAGUCAGAGCCUGGAGUCCCAAACAACUCCAGCGCUAGCAUCGAUGCUAACGCUGGAGCAUCGAAACAAUGACAAAAACCGUCUAACUUCACCCUCGAGCUACGGACGAGGCACACAUAUUAUCGACAAGUUACAUCAGCGUUGACUUCGCCAUGGCUGUUCGAGAAAUGCUGUCGUACCGACGCGCCACCGCGAUAACCGUCAAGCUUGACGACGAUUCGGAGCCCGAGUCGAGUUUCGCGUUUAAGAAACCGGACCGCCGCGAGUCUCAGAUCAUCCACAGCGGUCAUUUCAUGGUGUCUUCGCCUCAUACCGAUCACCCGCCGAAGAAAGGUUACGACUUCGAUACCGUGAAUAAACAAACGUGCCAGACGUAUCACUUCGGGAAGACGAGCACGUCGCAUCUGUCCAUCGACGCUUCACUGACGAAACUCUUCGAGUGCAUGACACUCGCGUACAGCGGGAGGUUAGUGUCACCAAAAUGGAAAAACUUCAAGGGACUGAAGCUGCUGUGGAGGGACAAGAUUCGCUUGAACAAUGCCAUCUGGAGAGCCUGGUACAUACAAUAUGUAGAGAAGAGACAGAAUCCGGUUUGCCACUUUGUCACACCGUUGGAUGGAAAUAUGGACUCUGGAGUGCAUCGACCCACGGAGGCAAUAGCGACAGAAGGGAAGUAUUGGAAAAGAAGAAUAGAGAUCGUCAUCAGGGAGUAUCAUAAAUGGAGAACAUACUUCAAGAAAAGGUUACAGAAGCACAAGGAUGAAGACCUUUCCAGCCUCCUUACGGAGGCGGAGGAACAGUUGUCACUCUUUGGAGAAGUGUGUCCAGACACCUGCCGUGUCCCCUUCUGCCAGGACGAUGACGUCAGCGGUCGCCGCAGCUCACGCUGUAUUCUCGAGUCCCCCGUUCCCAUGGAGAUGGAUCCGCUCUUUGACAUGGAUGUGCUCAUGUCAGAGUUCUCGGACACUCUCUUCUCCACGCUGUCCUCUCAUCAGCCUGUGGCGUGGCCCAAUCCCAGAGAAAUCGCACACGCCGGGAACGCUGAUAUGAUCCAGCCAGGCCUCAUUCCCCUGCAGCCUAAUCUGGAUUUCAUGGACACUUUCGAGCCGCUGCAAGAUUUGUUUCACACCCUGCGUCCACCAGCUUUUCCCUCCAUAUCCCCCACUGCCCCCUCAGUCACCCCAUUAACCAACAACAACUCUCAAACACAGGCAUCCCUCCUGUCGUCCAUCCCGCUCUCAACGAUCCUCCCUUCGAUGUCAUCGGACUACCGCCUCAUCUCCUCCGUUCCUUUGCCCAGCCAUCUUUCACCCCAUCAGGAUGGUGAUAACGGCAUUGGCCCCUCCUACCAACAGAGCUACAUGCCUCUGUUCACGGAGGAAGUGACACAUAUGCCACCUUCAGCCCCGGCCCUCCCUUCUACAGUAACAGCCCCCCCGCCCGUCCCAAGCAUUCCGUCUCCAUCCGUAAAAACUCACAGCGCCCCUUCCACGGUCGCUCCCACUGAUGUGGCCGUCACCUUCAGUCUGCCCGGUGCAGCAUCCCCUCCUCAGCCCGUGGCGGUGAGCUCACAGCAGCAGAAUUUCGCCCUCCCAAAACCCCUUCCUCCCCCCGUUUCUAACAAAAAGAGCAGACACGUGCAGAGGCCAAUCGUCCCGGCAAAUCCAAUGCCGUCUCAGCUUAUACUCACAGGUCCUGCCAGCGCUGUUAUUGUUACUCCGUCUCCUCUCAACACUGAUGUGCACUCCUCCGCUGGUAUGGUCAUAGCCUCUUCCAGUCUUCCCUGUGCUUCAGCUGGUUUCCACAUUCUUCCUCAAACACAGAAAUCUCCUCAACUCAUCAUACCCAAAGAGGAAAGCAUCACAAAUGUGUCCACCAGCAAAACAUCAGCACAGUCAGCAGUAGCGCUUGAUGGGCGGAUCUCAGGUCAAGGGUCACCGUUAGGAGCAGAACAGGUGCCGAGUCCUCAGUCACCUCUCAACAGCAGCACGGGCCUGACCAAGUCUGAAGGCACUCAGAGUCGGAGGGUGAGUCACAUAUCAGCAGAACAGAAGAGAAGAUUCACCAUCAACGUCUGCUUUAAGACUCUGUGCAGUCUGGUGCCCACUCUCAAGCCACAAUCAAAUAUCAGUAAUGCAGCGACACUCCAGAAGACCGUUGAUUACAUCGGCAAGUUACAGAUGGAGAGACAACAGUUACUGGAAGAGACCAGGAGAUUGAGAGAGGAGAUCGAAGAGCUCAACUCAUCUAUAAACUUGUGCCAAGAACAGCUUCCUGCAACAGGGGCUCCCGUCACACGCCAUCGCUUCGACCACAUGAAAGAGAAGUUUGAGGACUACGUAAAGAGCAGAACUCUUCAAAACUGGAAGUUCUGGAUCUUCAGUGUCAUUAUUCAACCCCUGUUCGAGUCUUUUAAUGGGAUGGUGUCGACCACCAACCACACAGAGCUGUGUGAGACCACCAUGCAGUGGCUGGACCGCUACUGCGCUCUCCCGGUCCUGAGACCCAUGGUUCUCCAGACGCUCCGUCAGCUCUGUACCAGCACCUCCAUCCUGGCAGAUCCUGCGCUUUUACCCGAAGAGGCCAAACAGUUCGUCCUCAACACCAAAAAACACUCCCCUGCCUCUCCGCCUUAAACAGUCAUCGUUCAGAGGAUUUGAUCAAUUGGAUUUAUAUCCAGGCAUAUCGAUCUCGCACAACAUCCUCAGGAGCCUUGAAGACACGAUACGCCUUAACACACCGUGUGCAGUGCUCAGGUCUGUGAGAUGAAAGACGAACGCUUCUUUUUGUGUAUUUGGACUUAGAGGUUUUAUUUCAUAUCACUGUUUGUGUUGAAGAGGAGAUGCUGUUACAAACUGCCAUUAUGUUAACUAUAUGAUAGCUUUCAAAUAAUAAAGGUUGUUUUUAUGUAGCGUGUUGUACAUAAAAACCACACGCUGUUUUCUUUCUAGAAAAGAGCCGCGUGAAGUUUCUUGCAAACAAACCAAAGGGAAUGUCAGUCUGAUUCAUUCUCUAAAGAGCCAUUGUGGAACACAUCAGAUUGAUCGGAAGUGAUUUGUGUUUCUCACACUUGAAUAUGAAUCAUUCGAGUUGUCGCCUUUGCUUUACAGACAUCUUGACUUUACGUCUCAGGGCGGCUUUUUUUAUUUGCAGGUUUUUUUUUACUUUGAAAUCCUAAAGUUACGAAAGCAGUCUAUGAAAGUCUAGAACUAUGAAAAUGAUUGUUGCCCAGGAUGAGGUACAUACAAUACAGCACGCACACGUCAGAGACUUCACAUGCAUCUUGAUGUCAAACACCUGUUUUCACAGGAUUAAAGAAAUCCUUUAAACACACUGCAAUGACAUUAAAAUUCGAUGUAAAAACUUUUCUUUUCUUAGCUCUGCAACCCUUGUCGUCUGAAUCUCAUGUAGAGGUUCUCAUGGCAGAACGGAGUGGUUUUAAGUCUGUUGUUAAUAAACAUUUGAAGAAUUUG